AAAAUUAGGGAAUAUAAUUCAAUUGGAGGAUUCGAGAAGGAGUGCAUCUCCACCAUGCAAUCCGCCACACCGCACCAGAAGGCUGACGCCAACGGCCUCGCUUUCUUCACCCUCAAGUUUGUGGAGGAGGAGGACCAAGCGGUUAACCUAACAGCCGACAUCAAGAAAGUGACGCUUUCGGACGUGUCCCCUCUUCUCCAGUCGGCACUUAGCGAUUGCCUCGACCAAUACAACCCGCUCGAUGACUUGAUCGAGGAUGCCAUUAAUGCUGUCCUGGGGAAUGCUUACGUGGACGCCAAGAAAUUCAUCGAGGCUGCCAUGUCAGAUAUCGACGUGUGUGACUCGCAGCUAAAGGCAAGCAAUGUUGAGGAGAAGGCGGAGAACAAAAACGGGGACGAAGUCCAGCUGUCCAAGAAUCUGAAUACAAUACUUUCCUCAAAAACAUAUUAUCGGCCGCCUCAAACAUUAUCGAACCUAAAGCAAACGAAGGAGGCGUGGAGAAAGCACUCCCGAGCUCGGAAUCCAAUCAUCCCCGAGGAAAAACGCCGACACAGUGAAAUUCGCGGCGUCCGUCUGAUUGAUCAAAUGAAACCCGGGCCAUUUCACCCUAGCUCUCGUGUUCGCCCCGGGUCCCGUGUUGUUGAACUCCGCGUAGUACGAGGUGUUGAGCGCGAAAUCCCCAACCCACUCGCUCCACCCGGCCGGCUCAAUCGACCCAUCCAUAAACGACUGCAUGUAAACCGUCCUCGAGUAUUCCUUCCAUGGUCGGCCGAGGUAUGUCUUGACAGUGCCAUUGCUGGCCGCCAGGUCUUCGGCUGCCCGGACUGUACAAUUUUGGAUAGAGAUGCCCGUGUUCUGGUUGGGGUCGGUUCUGCCCUGGGCAGUAAUUGCGUUGAACUGCCCGGGCAUUGGGAGGCGCGGCCGGAGGCUGCAGCCCUGAAAAACGACGGCCGCGUUGCCGAAGAUGAAGUCGACCGUGCCGUAGAUAUGGCAGUUGCGGUAGAACUGUCGGAGGGAGUGGACGUACAGUGUGUCCUGGUAAGCCUCGAAGCUGCAAUUGUAGAAGACCGAGAGAUCGGCCCCGUUUCGGAGGGCAACUGCCUGGUGCUUGGUGGGGCCCGCCGUGUUUCGGACGGUGAUGUCGGACGCGACGAAGUUGGGGGCUACCACGGCUGCCGAAAUGGGACGGAAUAA